AUGGUAGGACUCAAAAGGAAUGUGAAGUUGUGUAUGAGCCUCAAAGAUGUAUGCAAACUCAUUCAUAAGCUGUUGUCUGAGCAUCUCCACCGUGAAGAAAAAGAGCUUUGGGGUUUGUUCAGAAACUGGUUCACUAUUGAAGAACCGGAGAAGAUCAUAGCACACAUGCUUGGAAGAAUAAGCGGAGAGAUAUUGCAGGAUAUGAUUCCUUGGUUGAUGAAGAGGAAACAGAGGAAGCAAAUAAGGACACAACUGAGGAUUCAGAUCCACCGGAUAUUGUCUGGAAAUAUCUCUUUGAAGGAGCUGCUGCUGAUGAAGACAGAAGGAGCAUUUGCAGCAACAUCCAUGGAAGGUUUAGAGACAAAUUUCAUGAAUAAGCCACUUGGAGAGGCUGGUCCCAAUAAGAAGGUUGAAGUUGACAACAAAGAUGAGAAAGACCAGAAACUUCAAGAAAUGAGUCAUGAGUUUAUUUAUCUUCAGGAAAAGAAAUUGUUGCAAGAGACAUUGAAGUAUCCUAAACUGUUGAGGUUGGCUAGCACGGAAGGGAUGUUUCCAUAG